UUACAUAAACAAAUUUAUUGUUGUUACCUUUGUUUGUAGACAUUUUAAUAGAUUAUGCAAAAUAUAUUUAUCAUUUCUGACUAUGUAUCAAUCAGCUGAUCAGUGUUUAUUUUGUUUGUUGGUAAACUAAUGAAUAUUUGUUUUUAUCAUGGAGGCUGUAAGAAUUAAAGUGAAAACAAAGAAAAAGAAAACCAAAGAGACUUCUGAAACUAGUCAAGGUGAAUCCACUUCAAGUAGUAGUGUACUUGAAACUGAAUCCUCAACUUUGGAAAUAUCAAGUAACAAAAACAUUGAGGCCAGCAACUAUGAUGAUGACAUUAUUAUUGUUAAUGAAUCUACAUGUCCUAUGGUUGAGAAUGUAUACAGUAGUGCUGAGGAGGUGUUUGAUAAAGAACAGUCUGAAGUACAAAUCAGUGAAGGUGACUUAAAUGCAAGUUGUGACAAUGCAGUUGCUACAGAGGUUACUGAAACAGCAUCAAUUUCUGCUCCAAAUUUCGAACAUUUACUAGAACAAAACCGCGAAAUUAUGAGUCAAAUUCAGUUAGACGAUUUGAAAGAAGCUCCCGAAUUAACUGCUAAACCUAAAACUGCCAAACCAACGAUCAAACCAUACACCGAACAACAAUUGGCCGCCCUUUAUACUAAUUCCGAAUUAGAAACUGCCGAAACAUUCGUUUCGCAAUUUGUCGAAGCCGAACUUAAGGGCAUCGCGAUUAAACAGCACACGUUAUACGAUCUGUUGAUGAAUUAUUUACAUGUAAGGGAAAAAAUUACCGGCAACAAUUUAGAACUGGAGCAAUUCAGAAAGGAGUAUAGGGACCUUCAGAGCGAACUGUGGAGCGUUUAUAGGGCGGAGGUGAGCGGUAGAGCUGCAUGCCAGGAUGGUACCGUCGUCAUUGCCACCCACAGCUACAAUAAAAGCAUCUUCCACAGGGCCGUGUUUCAAACUGUUGUCAGAUUGUUGGGGAAUAUCCAGAAAUUGACGUAUGAAAAUCACGUUUUGUACUCCUAUUCAGCUGAGGAUUACAAAAUGCAGAUUGAAUUGUACGUCCAGGGAAUAAUAACAAAAUGCAUUAGUCUGACACAAUUAGAUAAAAACGCCAGAGUUUUUCUAUCCAUGCAGCCAGAACCUCCCCAUCUUAGAGAAUGUUUUAGUGACCUACGUUUAUGUAUUUCCGUACUUUUUGCUUUUCAAAGGAAGCUAAUCCGCGACAAAGGAUUUGUUAAAGAAACCAGAGUGUGGCUAGGACGAUUGAUAGCAGUAUUGUUACGGGUCGCCAAUUACCAAGACCACUUGUUUAUUAUUAAUCACAUUUUGCGAUGUCCAUCCGGAGUGGGCAAUUGGGCUGCCGGUUUUGUACAGGUUCCAUUGGACGUAGCAUCUGUGGAUAAUUCCCCGUUUGCAAAUUACCAAAUAAAUCAUCUAAUGACUAUACUUUCCAUAAUAUUAAUGCCGGUAAAAGAAAGGGAGAAGUUUUUGGAAGACAUUGCACAGGUAUCUGAAAACGCCUCGGAUGCGUUAUGGGUUAUGGUGGAUUCGGACGGUGAAGAAGAUGAGGAAUCUUCCGGGACAUCACUAAGAGAAAACGAUUUGGUAUCUCUUGUCAAUCAGUUGCCGCUUGAUGGUUUGUUCAGAACGUUACUGCUCGUCCAACAGAAAAAUUAUAAGGAUGUUUAUGAUUCGUCUCUACUCUCAGAACAUCAUAUUCUACGAUUCUUAUCGUUCUCCACAAAUUUGCUUCGCAUCUUCCACAAGGGAUUGCAAACUUACCACCAGACUAGAUACAACCAGUUCUCUAAACGAUUGAGCCGGUUUAUUCGACACGUAACUCAGUAUGCUACCGACCAAUGGGAACUGUUUAAGACGGUGCAAGAUAACGCUGAUCAAGCCAUGAUUGAAAAGCUGCAAGUGGAGUAUGAUGCGUUCUUCUUAAGAGCCAUUUAUUACCUGUAUUCUUCUCAAAAGUUAGGCGCUUGGCAAUUUCUUGCGGUUGUCCCAUAUCAUAUUGUAACAAUAAAAACACUGUGGAAAAUAUACUAUUUUCUUCACAGCGCUGACUCUUAUGCACAGGACAUUUUAAACCCGUUGGACGAUAACGACUACAGCAAAUUGUUGUGGGAUCCCGAGCUUAGGUCGCAGUUUGAAGAAAAAGUUAACACUCUUGAAGACGCAGAGGUUUAUUAUCUACUCAAUACUUUCGCCAAUAUGGCUCUUUGUAGGUCUGAGGAAGACAUGGAGUUUAUACACGCCUCUGCCAUGGAUUUAUUACAGAUCGGUUUCAUAAAAGAAUCUACACAAGAUAGCUGUUCCAAAUCUUCUAGAAUCUUACUGACCCAUAUUACUUCCAAACAUCCCCACUUAUUAACUAACAUAUUAAAAAAAGUAAAAGAAAAUAUGGAUACAAUCCAAGAUUUGGCCUUACAACUGUAUGAGGAACUGCCUCUAUCAAUUUGGAACGUCCAAGAAGUCGAUUUUAAGUUGCUAGCAAAUUUACUUUUGAACUAUCCGAUUACAUCCAACGAAAGCAAGUUGGCCAGAAUGGUCUUGUCACGUCUGAACUGGGAUAAAAUAUCUUACGAAAUGCACCGGGACGUCGCAAUAUUGGUGGUGCAGGCGGCCGACCAAGAGCCAGGUUACUUGCAAUGGGCUUGGCAGACGGUUCUGAGGCUCAAAUUGCACAUUAGCGACAAGCAGUUCACCGAAUUUGGCAGAGUGCAAGAGGUUGAGCGGUACGACAUUCUGAUGAAAGGUAUUCGUGAACAUAAACCGUUGGCUAGUUUCGUGGCCAUUCUUAUGACAUCGUGGGGCCACGCCGUACCUCUAGUGUGUACACACGGUCUCUCUCAAAUAUUAUUUUUGCAAACUCAACAGAAACACGAAGCUGUUUUGUUUGCUCUUUACGUGAUCAUGCCUUUAUUUAUAGACAGUCAAGAAUGCAUAAUAAAUUGCGACAAGUUCCAGCAGAUACUUGUAAAUACUUUGAAUGCCGACAGGGGAUACAUAUCAAUGGCUAAAAGCUUUAUUGCCGAGCAAAAGACUGUGCUACAGCAGUUUGGUAAUAUGAUAGAAACACAAAUAGUAAAUUAUCCGUUUUAUGAUCAGGACAGUCCAAGGUUAUUCGUUAGGUUGUGGAUGAAUUCGUUAGUUUCAAUUCCAAAUUGGAACAAAGAUUUUGGUGUUAUGUAUUUGUUAGAUGUAAUUGUCAGAACUGCUUUCUUUCACAAGGACGCCCUUGAAGUGGCAAGUAAUAUCUUAAAGGACCUAAUUCAGUGUGCCACACCCCAGGAACAAACUGGAACAAUCAGUUCUUUAUUUAAAUGGGUGUCGAACGCAAAUAACAACGGUAGUUUAAUAAGCAGCUCCCUUUCAACUUAUACAUAUUUGGCUUAUAUUAUGAUUGAAAUCGAACAUGUUGAACGAGAAUUAAAAACAGGUCUUUGGAAGGAACUUUUAAUGCAAUUGCAUAGACAAAAAGGAAAAAUUAAUGUUGAUCAAGCCAUUAAGAAAGCGGCCAGUAAUCAAAAAACUACUGCGUUUUCUUCUGCCUCUUUAUGUAUUUAUAGAUGGGCUCAACAAGCCAUGGAUUCACCUUUAGAUCAUCCGUUGUUGGCCCUAUUGUGGCAGAAGUUUUUUACAUUAUAUUUGGAAAGAUUGCCUGGUUCUAGUGUCAUAGAUACAGGAUGUGUCGGUGAGAAGUUUUUUGAUGGUUUGGUAAAUUUUGCCUAUUUUAAAAGAAUUAAGAAACGACUUCAGGAAACUGUUGAAUUCUACCAAGGCCUUGUUGACAUGAAAGAUGAAGAUAAUGAUCAACUGGAGAAAAAGGAAUUCUUUAACUGCUUAUUAAAAGUGUUUAAAGCAUUUUUACUUUGGCUUGAAGAACCGAGGCUGCAUGAAUCCAAUAUCAUGUUAAGUAAUUUGCCACCAACAUAUGAACCAGUUCUAUUAGGACACAUUAUACAGGGAAUCAAUAUUCCCUGGUAUGAAUAUUUAGACUAUGAGAAGCUAAAGAUUGAACAACAACAAUCAAUACGUAUAUGGAGAGUUUGCAAUUUUAGAGAGAAAACUAAUGUUAAUCAACCUCUACCUAUGCCUGGAAAAACUAUUGAAAGUCCAGAUCCUGUACAAAGAAUAUUGAGAAGGCUUGCGUCAUAUGAUCCACCUCAACCACCACCUAGUAUAUGUAAUACUGCUCCCAUUAUUGCGCCUUUAAAUUUCUCAAGUAAAGAAGAUUUGUUUAAAUCCUUGGAGAUAUCUUUCAAAACAUUAAUCCAAUUCUCCCACAAUCACAUUAUGAAGAUAUCAGAACACAAAGCUUUGGAUUGUUCAUAUCAAGAACUGAUCCCUCAACUGUACAGAUCCGUUUUGAAUAAGGUGAAGAAAAAAGUGCCUUGUAAGGGUAGGAAUCAAACAGUUCAUUGUUCUGGAGCUGCUCUUAUAACUCUCGAAAUGGAGGAAGCGAGAGUUAAUGAGAGGAUACAACAUCAAAUCGAAACAAAUCGCAACGCUUACGAGUCCUUACUGGCUAAAAAUCUACAAGUUCCCGCUAUGCCUUUGUGUUCUUCGUCUAUUACCGUUCAACAAGCUAUAACUAUGUUACAACAACAGCUUCGUUACAAUCCUGCGACCGCAGAAUUGGGAGUUGAGCUGUUUUAUUACAUUUUAUCUUUGUUGUGCGAAGAAACAUUAAAUUAUCCACCUACUAAGACAUUAUUUACAACAUGUUUAGAGCGUCUAGGACAAUCUCACAUAUGUAAUUUUGAACAUGAAAUGCCCAGACUUUUGGAUAAAAUAUUAAAAGAACCAAAUUUUGGAGGUUACUUGGCUCCACAUUUUUCACCAAGUAAAGUGGGAACAAAUACUUUAUUGUCAAUGUAUUCAACAAUUUCAAAAGAAAUCGGACAAAAGUACGACGUGGCUUUUGCCCUUUUAUCUAAGUUUGACAUAGAAGGUUGGUUAACCACGCGAGAACCGAAACUGGCUCAACGUUCCCAGUUCAUUCAAUCAGUAACGAAAUCUCUCUCAGCCAUGGGUUUCGAUCCCCCGAUCCCAGCCCUCAUGUUACAUGGUCUCUAUCGGAAGCAUUUGCUGACCAUCUUCGAAUUUCAGUUCCCCGAACAUUACGGGGAAGUAAUUGUACAGGUUCUUAAGGCUUCGAAUGCUACGACUGAUUCGUCGCUGAUUUCUGUUAAUGUUUGGCUGGAUCUACUUAAUUCGCUGGCACGACCGGUGCAUUUGAACGUGAAGACGACUUUGAGAGAUCAGUUGAGACAGUAUGCGCAGUACCAGAAAAUGCUUCAUCACCAGGAGCUUUUGGAAACUGCCGAACUGUUGGCUAAGCAGUUUACAGCAGAACGAUUACAAUAUGGAUUGUAUGGAUUAUAUCCUAAGUGUAGGAAUUACAUGGAUGUUUUCGUGUUGUACAUGGGUAUGACAGGUCACGGUUUAGUUAUUAGCACAUUGAAUGUACAUCAAGGCAAACUGGACGACCAGCUAUGUGAAGUAAUAUGGCCAUACCUUCGAGAAAUGUUUGCACCAUGGCUGGUUCCGUACUCGAUGCAAAAUCAGAAGGAACACAUGGCAUCUUGGAUUCAACAACUAGCUGAUGAUAGAACGGUACUUUUGCCCUGGAUACCGGCAGAUGGAAAUUUCGCACAAAAAGUGGUUCACGUGUUUUAUGAAUGCAUCCAGUUCAUAAUUGUGACUCUGCCAGCUUGCAAUAACAUAUUAAGGUUUAUAUGGCAAUGGUAUGCUACCUGCUUUGCCCAUACUGCCGUAAAAGAUCACAUUCUACUCCCCAUUCAUCAGACUUUUAUGGGCCUUCAAUGGCAAAAAUUCUGGCCCACUAUGACGGAUUUAGAUUAUAUGUUAAAGAUUGUCGAUCAAUAUCUACCAGAAUGUCACUCAUUCCUCGGUCACAUAUUCAUGGCUAUACCGUGGCCGAAUUGGUUGAACAAUUUCACAAACUCUUCGCCUCAGAUUAAAGGUCGGGUGUACCAAUGUUUUAUGAAUUUGCUGGUAAAAUUGUGUAACGAACCUAAUGUCAGAAACAGGUACGCCGACAAAGCAAAGUCUCUUUUAGUCCAAGCAGAAAAUUUUGAUUGGAGUAAUUUGGAACCGCCAGUCUUUCAACAUGUUAUGGACUGGUAUGUUAUGAGCUGUGAUUCAUCUGUGAUAUUUAAAACUGACCCAUUAAAUUUAGAUCACCGCGUUUUACAUUUCCUGAAGACGGUAUCUGGUUGUACUAAAUCUGUUAUACCUUCUAACAAUGACAUAAUGCUGAAGAGACUGAUUUAUUUAAGGACAUUCAUUAAACUUCUCUCAGUCUAUUCAAGCAAAUUUAAAUCAAAUUUACCUUCAAGAGAAGUUGAAAUCAGCAACGUGAUUCUUCGACAGUUAAACGACAUUGAAGUAGUUGUUCAAAAUCAAGACGAAAUGACUAUUAUUAUUGGAGAAUUGUUAUUUAUUUUAAAUAUAACAAAUUUAAGUAACAUUAGCAACAAAGCUUUUACCCAAUGGAUAAAGAACAAAUCUGGAGAGUCGUAUAUUAUUACGUCAAUUUUAAAAACCAUUGGAGUAUCUGUGAGUGAAUUAGACGUACUUGCUGAUAUUUUGGAAACGACACUGAACAGCUACUUUCAAAAUUCCGUUUCAGAACCUACAUGGAAUUACAUUAGAGAUAAUUUAAAUAUAUUGGCCUCCAAACAAACACAAUUAGAAAACAUUCUAAUACAAAACGGAUGCAUACUUUCAUUAAAUGCUAUACUGCUACAACAUGCAAAAAAAUCUUCUGAUACUGAAACGCUAUUGAAUUGCAUUUUAAAUUGGAUGACAAAUAUAAAAAUCAGUGAAGAAACUGAGCCGAAAAUCCCACUUAUUUGGUGUGGAGUUAUCAAUUUGUCUUUGGAACACUGUGAAAAAGAUGAACCAUCUACAGCUGCAAUUCUAAACAAAUUUUCUCAAAUUUUACUUGAAAUGGCUGAUGCCAAAGGUAAUUCAAGUUGGAAGAGAGGACUUUUAAGUGCCAUUGGAAUUAACAAACAGGGCAUAUCUAUUAAUUUCAGAUUUUUAUGCAGAGCCUUAGCUGGAUAUAUUUUAGCCCAGUUACCCGAUAUGAAAGGUGAACCUAGGGUUGUUAGAUUUGUACCAAAUGCUCCGUAUAAGGUGGGGCAGCCAGGUGGAAAUACAGAAUGUGUCAAAUUGCUUUUAUCUUUAGACUUUGGGCAAUCACAAGGGCAAAUUAAAGAAUGUGCUGAAUUGGCUUUACGACAGAUACAAGACUCCAGCAAUUCCCUUCAUAAUGCCAAAAAAUUUCUGUUCCUGUUGGUGAAGCAAUUUUAUUUGAAAUCUUAUCUUAGAGAUAUAAAUUAGCUAUAUUGAUUAUCUAUUAUAUAUGUUUGUUAUUGUAUUUUUUUAUUGAAAUAUGAUUUGUGAAAUAAUAAACUUAUAUUACAUAUGAAAAC